UUUCUGUUUCAAAAUUGAAACGUAUGGAUUUAUUGAGGCUGUGUGAUGCAGUUGUAAAGCUCGAUUUGCCAGAUGACCCCGAUAUGUGCUCCGAUCAGCCUCUGUAUGUGCAUGAUAUUCUUAGUGAAUUCUCAGUAGAAGAUCCCUUCCGGAUGCAGGGGCUGUCAAAUGAUCUAACAAAGCUACCAACAUUUUUGCUCUAUGAUGUAUUUAAUUAUCUAUUAUAUAAGACUAUAAACUAUGACCAAGGUAAAUUAAAAGCUUACAAGUCUUGUGAGGAUUACAGAUUUUUUUUUCGAUGGCUAUGUAGAGCAGUUGGAAAUGAAAGAACUUGAUGAUCAAGACCUUUACCAUAUCAAGUCUUCUGUUAAGCCAACACAGAAGGAUAAGACUUAUCUAAAUAAGACUGCAUACGAUGUUUGGGUCAUCAUGGCAAAAAACGGAAAUGUAAAAUGUGCGUACUGCACAUGCAUUGGUGGAGCUGAUGGUGGAUGUCGUCACAUUGGAGCAACUUUAUACGAAAUAGAAGCCUUCGAAGUCAAGUCAGUCGCGGAUGGGGGCAAUUUAUGGGCUAAACGACCACGAAAACAUGAUUGCCCAGUUCCCAUCAAGCAACUAAAGAUCAUGAAAGCAAGGUAUACAGGUGUGGAAUAUAACCAAUCUGAUGCACACAAUUUUGACCCUCGCAGUGUGGAUCAAAGGCAGAAUUACUCAGAAAUGGAAAUCACUAAAAUAGCUAGAAGUCUUCGAGAGAUAUCCCCCAAUAUACAAGCCCUAGAUAUUCUUGAGGUACAAAAACCAAUAGAGAAUGUUACAGGUGACUGUGAUCAACCAUGUCAAAAAUGUACUGUUUUUACCAUCUAAAACAUGCUGAGAAAUGUUAAAUCUACUGCUGCA